UGAAAUCACUACAGCACAGUGCUCCUGUUUCCAGGGCAACGCAGACGUGCUGCUUCUUUUCAUGUGACCGUAGGGCUCUGACGUUAGAGUGUGUGAGGGGGUGGAGGCAGAGUUCUGCUCUUCAGCUGCUGAGAGUCUAGAAGAAUCUUGUGGACUUUGAUGAGUCUUGCAGCCUGUUGCUAUACCUCCCUGUUUCUGUUUUAUUUCACUAUUGAAGCUUUUACAGCCAGUACAUUGACAAUCAGGUUAUGGAUUGUUGAACACCUCAACCAACAAAUCAGCAAAGAGUUACACCAGAGAUCAUCAUGGGAAAACAGAACAGCAAGCUGCGGCCUGAAAUGAUGCAGGACCUGUUGGAAAGUACUGACUUCACUGAGCAUGAGAUCCAGGAAUGGUACAAGGGUUUUCUGAGGGACUGCCCCAGUGGAAAUCUCUCCAUGGAAGAGUUCAAGAAGAUCUAUGGCAACUUUUUCCCUUAUGGAGAUGCCUCUAAGUUUGCUGAACAUGUGUUUCGCACCUUUGAUGCCAAUGGCGAUGGCACAAUAGACUUCCGGGAGUUCAUCAUUGCUCUGAGUGUGACAUCACGCGGAAAGCUGGAGCAGAAGUUGAAAUGGGCUUUCAGUAUGUACGAUCUGGAUGGCAAUGGGUAUAUCAGCAAGUCGGAGAUGCUGGAAAUUGUACAGGCCAUCUACAAGAUGGUGUCCUCUGUGAUGAAGAUGCCCGAAGAUGAGUCAACACCGGAGAAGCGAACAGAGAAAAUCUUCAGACAGAUGGACACAAAUCGAGAUGGCAAACUUUCUCUGGAAGAAUUCAUUAAGGGAGCGAAGAGUGACCCAUCCAUUGUGCGGCUGUUGCAGUGUGACCCCAGCAGUGCUGGCCAGUUCUGAUUGGGAGGCCUCAUCUCAGACGUCCUUCACCCCAAAUUCUAAAAUGUAUUUAUGUAUUUUAUUUCAGUUGUUAAAACUGCUAUACCUCUCUUCUCUCCAGACUGUAUAACUGAGGGCUGAAUCCUCAAGUCUGUCUAUGCCUAUGUCUGGGUCUCGGCCAACUGCACUCUAACGGACACAAACUUUUUCUUUGUGUUACAACUUGCAAACCUUAAGACACACUCAUGAAGACAUGCUUUUAGCCAAAGCUAACUGGCUGUGUUUACACUCUAGAAUGGGAUCCUUAGAUGAAUGUGAAUGACAGCCAAGCACUGUUGAAGAUUAGAAGCGCCAACCAAGUCGCCUGAUGAGUUUUUAGUCUAGUCUAACUAGGUGACUUUAUAGGAAUUGUUUUGAGAUGAAAUUUUACGAAGGAAGUAUUAACAGAAAAGGAAAGAAGGCCUUACAGUUAAGCAUAUAAUGGUAAAAUGCAAAGACUCCAGCUAAGGAUUACAAGCUUUUUGAUAUCUAGGCAGGGAUUGAUUAGGAAAUUAGUGAUGUGGUCCAGAAAACGUAUAUACAUCUUGUAUGUGUCAAUGCCUUAAUGAAGUCUGUUCCGUCAGCUACAUUAGUAUACUCACAUGACCCUUCAUGAGUAUGUGUUGUAGAUGCAGAGAAAGCGGUGUAGAUUUGUAGGGAUUAUAAAAUGGAGAGAAUUUUUUCACAGACUCUUAGGUUAUGUUUACAAGGCGGAUGUUUUGCCUCUAUCUGAUUUGUUUUUAGACCGCCUUGGUACACCCACUAAAAGGAGUGACUCAAAGGUGAUUUCUAUUUUCAUACAAGUCCAAACUGACCCUUGAAACCAUCCAUACGUGCUCAAAUGUUUUAGAUGGCACUGGUUGGACGAGGGUUUUCAAACAAACACGACACAAAAGCCCAAAUCAGAAAUAACAUUCAUCAAGUUGGUUUGGUUUGCAAGUUGUACGUAACACACAGUGCAUUUCUUAAAUGUUGCAGCACAAGAGAAAGAAACUCCUAGUUUUUCCUGGACGUGGGGAGCAAUGAUUUCUGAAACCUCAUUGCGAAUGCUGUCCAUGGACAGAGAGCAAGUUGUCAGUAGUGGUAUAGAAAA